AUGGACCAGAGGUUGAAGGAUGCAGCUCAAGCAGGAGAUAUUCAUGGCUUGUAUCGUCUAAUCCAGGAAGAUGCAAUUGUUUUGGAGGCGGUCCAACAAGUAGGAGAUAUUCGUCAGAGGUUGAGGGAGGCCGCUCAAGCAGGAGAUACUGACGGCUUUUAUCAUCUAAUCCGAGAAAAUGCGAAAGUUAUGGAGGCGGCUCAAGUACGAGAUAUUGGUCAGAGGUUGAAGCAGGCCGCUCAAGCUGGGGAUAUUGAUGCCUUGUAUGCUCUAAUCCGUGAAGAUGCUCGUGUUUUGGAACGUAUCGAUGAGAUGCCUCUUGUCGACACUCCAUUACACGUAGCUGCAUCUGCAGGGCAUAUUGAUUUUGCUAUGGAGAUAGUGAACUUGAAGGCAUCGUUUGUCAGGAAGCUAAACCCAGACGGGUUUAGCCCCAUGCACCUUGCUUUGCAAAAUGACCACAUGCUAAUGGUGACGUGGCUCAUAGAUGUUGAUGGAAACCUAGUCCGUGUCAAAGGAAAAGGCGGUUUCACUCCUUUGCAUUAUGCAGCUGAACAAGGAAAAUUGUCGAUUUUGUUAGAAUGCUUUUACGGUUGCCCCGAAUCUAUCAAAGAUGUUACCUUUCAAGGCGAUACUGCUCUACACAUUGCAGUAAAGAACCAUCAAAAGGAAGCUUUUGAAUUGUUGAUGGAAUGGCUUAGGUGGUCUUCAUUCGAAGAUGCUGGUUUUUGGGAAAUGGAGCUCAUCAACUGGAAAAACAAGGAAGGUAAAACGGUGCUGCAUGUUGCUGCUUCAGAGACUGGAUGGAAUGAUCAAUACCAGGUGCUAAAAUUGUUGCUGCGAUGUCAUGCUAAAACUGGUGUAAAAGAUCUUGCUGGUUUGACGGCUAUGGAAAUCCUCAGAGACCAAGUUCGAUUAACGGAAAGACAAAUUUGGAAUAUGCAAGCAGCCGGCGCAGGAUUUUCGUUUCCAUUAAGAUUAUUGUAUAAAAGAGUGAUAUCGCCAUUAAUAUUAUUAUAUAAAAGUGUGAUAUCUCCUAGGCAUUCAGUUCGUCAGGAAGCUCAGACAUGGAAAUCGAAGUCAAGGCCUUUGCUGUUAAAAUUAUGGCAAAGGAGGAAUUGGAAAUCGAGUGAGAAGCGCAAUACAGAGCUGGUAGUUGAUACACUGAUUGUAACAGCCAUCUUUCAGACAUCACUGAGUCCACCUGGUGGUCUUUGGCAAGGUACUGCUACUGCUGAUAUUAAUGCGCCUAUUCGCAUCAGUAACUCUUCCACUACUUCUGGAGCAACUUACCCACACUUCACGGGUACAUCAGUGUUGUCUCCGACCGACUUUCUUAUAUUUUUCUAUGGAAACAUGGGCUUGUUUCUCCUAACAGCUUUGCGAAUGACCGUACAUCUUUUCCAUGACAUCAGUGGACCAUCAUUUAGUUUUUUAUCUGUUAAUUGGUUGAUUUUUUCUUACAUUUUUUCAUUGACAGUCAUAAUACCGAAUAAGGAAAUUGUGAGCUAUAGAAUCGCAAGGAUUGUUUUUUAUUGCACUGCUGUAUUUAUGCUUGCAUUAUUGGCAAAAUCUUUUGUUAAGUACAUAUCAUCAGUACCUAGAGAGCCUAGAGUAAAAUUAAGAAGACGUCGCGUGACAAUUCGUGACAGGAAAGAAUGGUGGUAA